AUGAUUCUUGACGACUUGAAGCCAUUCACUCUCGGCUACGAUCCACGACUUCUUGUCUCGGCGACAUUUGUCGCUGUCUCGAUUGCCAUAGUGUUGAUGCAGAUAUUCCCGCAGUUUCGCCUCCUACUCAAAUACGGCAAAACGGCACAGCAGAAGCAGGUUACUCCUGAUACUCCAUUGGCCAAAUUCGUCGAAAAGGUGCUGACUCUUCAAGUACCAAAAUCCUGGUUUGCACAUUACUACGUGUUUUAUCUGAUUCUUCAGUGGUCGCAAGGUGCAUACAUCUGGCUGCAAAACCCAACUGUCUCCAAGUACACAGUGAUCUGGGCACUUUUGACACUCCAGGCUACAAGAAGAAUGAUCGAGAGCUACACGUUGACCAAAUGGAGCUCGAAACUGAAGAUGCACUAUACGCAUUACAUGGCCGGUCUUUUAUACUACCUCGGUGUUUCUACCAACUGCUUUUUAGGUUUGCUCGAGGGAGGGGACCCAAUUGAGUGGAGCUGGAAAUACCACUUGCUCAUCACCAUUUUUAUUGCCUUUUCCGUCGACCAGUUCAAAAACCACCAGCACUUGGCCUCCUUGGUCAAGUACUCAGUCCCCACAUUCAACUUCUUCAAGCUUGUGGCAUGUGCACAUUACUUCGACGAGGUGAUAAUCUACCUUGUUGUGAUAUUUAUUUCCUUUGUUCAGGAGCCCUAUACGAUUCCCGACUGGAACUUCAUUGGCACCUGGGUGUUCGUCAUUACCAACCUCAGCGUAUCUGCGCACGGUACCAGAUUGUACUAUAAGGAGAAGUUUGACAACUACGACGUCAAGUACGCCAUCAUCCCAUACAUUUUAUGA